AGCUUGCCCAAAAUGAGACCCUCCCUCUUCAAGCCCCUCCUACCCCGCCAUACCUGCUUCUCUGCCGCGAGAACUUCUUCUUCUCUUCCUCAACUCUCCAACACAAUCAGAUCUGUUAGAUUUUUCUCAGCUACAUCCGCAGUCAUGGGUAACAAGGUUUUCUUCGAUAUCUCCUGGGAGGGUCCCGUCUUCCAGAACGGCAAGCCGACUUCCGAGGUCAAGAAGCAGACCGGUCGCAUCAACUUCAACCUUUUCGACGAUGUGGUCCCCAAGACCGCUGAGAACUUCCGCGCUCUCUGCACUGGCGAGAAGGGUUUCGGUUACGAGGGCUCUUCUUUCCACCGAAUCAUCCCUGACUUCAUGCUUCAGGGUGGUGACUUCACCCGUGGCAACGGCACUGGUGGCAAGUCCAUCUACGGUGAGAAGUUCGCUGACGAGAACUUCACCUUGAAGCACGACAAGCCUGGUCUGCUCUCCAUGGCCAACGCCGGCCCCAACACCAACGGCUCCCAGUUCUUCGUCACCACCGUCGUCACCUCUUGGCUCAACGGCCGCCACGUUGUCUUCGGUGAGGUCGCUGAUGAAGAGUCCCUUAACGUCGUCAAGGCUCUUGAAGCUACUGGCUCCGGCAGCGGUGCCAUCAAGUACACCCAGAAGCCCAAGAUCGAGAAGUCCGGUGAGCUGUAAACAGCUGAAACUGGACGACGUGGUGAGCGGGAAUUUGGGAUUGCACAACAAAACCUCACUUGAGGGCUGGCGACAUGGAGCUAGUUAGUCACAGGCUAGUAGAAGCAUCUAGCUAUUGAACAAUGUGGACCAAUAAACCCAAAGCUGCACUUGAAACAAACUAGUGAUAUCGAUAUGAAUGUCUUGGUUCUGAAGCAUCGCUUACAUACAGAUGCUGGUCUGCCUAAAGACAGUAGACAAUCGCUGCGUCCAGCUGAAUACUACACAGCCAUCGCUUGUCCUACUACGCCGUUGCUAUCUUUUCCCUAAAAACAAAUAAAUGCCCACUUCCAUACCAUAACUCCAUUCUUUGAAUAAAACUGAUUCGGUUUCCUUCAUGGUCCCAGGUGCAAAAUAUCUCGUAAUCUAUUCAACUCCCAGCCACCUCUUGAAGUACUCGCAAUUACUGGGGCCUACGGGACCCCCUUCUUCACAUAUCUCAAACACCGGGCAACGUCCACAGGGGGCUUCUGUAAAAGCGCUCACGAAGGAUUCUGGGCCGCCCUCACGGCCUGUAGGGUCAUCUCGGCCAGCCCAGCUCUCCAGGGAUUGCUUUGCGACACGAGAAACGCGAUAACCUAUCUUUCCAGCCACCUUGACUGACUCAACAAGAUUGUCCCAAACUAGAACAUCUACAAGCUUCUGUACAUCGUGUUCGGAGAGGAUCGUGUUGUGAGUAAUACCGCUCGCCGAUAGCAGACGUGCGAUGUCGCGAACGGUCGGAUAGCCUGUGUAGCCGGCAGGGAGAGGAAGGAGUGCGUCCUUCUUGACGGUAGCCGUCGGAGACGUCUUGGGUACUUUGGCAGGGGGCUCGUCCAUGUGACUAGCAUCGCGCUUCUUGCCCUUGUCCAUGCCACCCUUGACGACACCCUUCUUGGGGACCUGCGUUCGCGCGGCACCACCUCCGUGCGUGCUGUGGUAGCUGCUCUGGCGCUUUAUAAAAUCAAAUACUACACGCUGUAGCUCAUCGAUAAAGGCCUCGUCGAGGUUCUGGUCGGUAUACCACGGGCCACCUGUGGCGCGAUCGCUGGGCCGUAUGGAGGCCUUGAUGAACAUCUUCUUGUUGGGAUGCUCGACAUUUUUGAAGGGUGCGAUGAGUCCCUUGGUCUGUAGUUGUUUCAAGGCAUUCUUGAGGACCGAGUCGUGCAUGUUGAGGCGCUUCUGGAGCGUCUGGGACCAGAUACC